AUGCUUUUCUGGUUGUAUUUACCAGACUUGGCUUCAGAGGAAAUAAAUGUAUUGCUUUCUGAUCUCUUGCGAAUGAGGAUUAAGCCCACUCAACCAUGCAUCCGCAAGAUCUAUGCUGAUGUCUUGCAAACUUUAAAGUCGACAAUACAAUCUGCAGGAUGGUAUCCCAAAAUCCAAAAUCAAGAGCAUGCAAUUGAUACUGAAGUCAACUGUUUGGAGACUAUCCUACACAAUUUGGCAGACCUACCAACUAAUAAUAACUCCAGUCAGAGAGUUGCUUUGAAGGAUCACUUGGAUAUCCUUCAAAUGAUGCUCAACCUCUUGAGAGGAAAUAUCUUCCAUGUGACGAUACAAGAUCUUGAAUUUCUUUUUCCAGAUAUCGAGACUAUGGUUAUUGAUGUCGGACUUAUGGUUUACUCGUUACAGGAAGGCGAGGAGGCGAAGGAAGACAUGGCACUGGGAGUAGCGAACCCUGCACCAGUUCUGGAUUUGUCGGGCAACCUUCAACAUAUAAGAACAACAAUCUACCUCACCAUUCGGAAGGUGUUUCAAUCUAACUUGCCAAGGAUUCAUGGGCUAGGCUAUGUUGAUUUCCUUUUAAACAACCUCAAGGAGCUCCAAGACCGUUAUGCAGAUUCACUCGCUUCUGUCAAGAACCAAGUUCAAAUAAUUCAAAAGGAACUCAAGAGCUUGCAACCAUUUCUAGUGGAUAUUGCAGAAGAGCGGCACGAUGGCGGUGACAAAUUUCAUCGUUGUGCUACACAAUUAAUUGGCAAAGCAUAUGAGGUAGAAUACAUAGUUAAUGCUUUUAUAAGCAAAGAAGGUCCUCUCUGGUGCCUUGAGCGUUGGCUUUUGGAUAUCAUAGAGGAGAUUGCUCAUAUCAGAAAUGAGGUAGCAGAGAUUCGAAGGAAAGAAAUAGUUGAGGAAACAAUGAACAAUACUGGCAAAACUCAAACUCCAUCAAGUUUGGCAAGGUCUACAAUCAUGAAUGAUGAAGUUGUGGGUUUUAAGGAUGUCAUAGAAAGAUUAAGAGACAAACUAGUAAGAGGAACCAAAGGGCGAGAUGUUAUCUCGAUAACCGGCAUGCCGGGUCUAGGCAAGACGACUCUAGCCCGCAGACUCUACUCUGACAAGUUAGUUGUUUCUCACUUUGACAUCCGUGCACAGUGUUGUGUGUCUCAAGUAUAUUCACGUAAGAACUUGUUACUGGAGAUUCUACAUGAUGCUACCGGUAAAGACUUUGAAUGUGGAGAAAAACGUGUUGAUCAAUUAGCUGAUGAGCUACGCAAAGCUUUAUACUCCAAAAGAUAUCUCAUCCUUGUUGAUGAUGUGUGGGAAGCUAGUGCGUGGGAUGAUAUAAUAGGAUGUUUUCGAGAUGCCAAUAAUGGAAGUAGAAUCAUUCUAACAACUCAAAAUUAUGAAGUUGCAAAUUACGCUAGAUUUCAAAGUGAUCCCCUUCCACUUCGUAUGUUUAAUGAUGAUGAAAGUUGGAAGUUACUUAGGAAAAUUGUGUUUGGAGAAGAAAAAUCCCCUCCUCUCCUAAUGAACAUUGGGCAACAAAUAGCAAAAAAGUGUGGCCAGCUGCCUCUUUCAAUUGUCUUGGUGGCUGGUAUUCUGGCAGAGACGGAGAAGAAAGAAGAAUGUUGGGAACAAGUGGCCAAAAAUUUAAGUCCCUACAUUCACAGUAACUCAAGGGCCACUAUAGAACAUAGUUAUCAAAAUUUACCCUAUCAUUUAAGGUCUUGCUUUCUAUACUUCGGAGCAUUUUUAGAGGACCGUGUGAUAAAAGUUUCAAAGUUAAUAAAGUUAUGGAUCUCAGAAGGAUUUAUAAAAGGUUGUGAAGGCAAGAGUAUGGAGGAUAUAGCUGAUGGUUAUUUAGAGAAUCUUAUUAGAAGAAAUCUAGUGAUGGGAACUAAGAAGAGUUUUGGAGGUAAGAUCAAAGCAUGUUACAUUCAUGACCUAUUGCAUGAUUUCUGUAAGGAGAAAGCAAAAGAAGAGUAUCUUCUGCUGUGCAUAAAAUGGGAUCAACAUAUCAAUCCUUCUUACCUUGUUUGCUAUGACAAGCAACUUGCUCAUCGCACGUCCGUUUAUGGUGAUGGGUAUCGUAUUGGAGAUUGGAGCUCGUGUUUGCCACAUGUUGGCUCUAUAAUUUUGCAUAACAAUGCAUUUGGCACCGUCUCCCACAAUUUUCACAGCUUUAAGCUUUUAAAAGUGUUAGAUUUGGAGUCCAUAAUAAUUGAUUCUAUCCCAGUUGAUCUAGUUUACUUGAGGUAUUUUGCUGCACGAACUCAAGUGUCGUCACUUUCAUCAUUCACAGCCAACCGUUGGAACCUUGAAACUUUGAUUUUACGGGAUAGUCAUUAUCAAGAUGCAGAUAUGUCACUACCCGUUGCACUCUGGGAGAUGGUUAAUUUGAGAUAUCUGCAUAUUUCCAAGAGCAACUUCAUUAUAGAAUCUGCAGAAGAAUUACUUGAGAACUCCAAAAAACUUUAUGAUUUGAAAGCUCUUUCCACUCCAUACUUUUCUUGUAUUCAGGAUGCUGAAUUGAUUUUGAGAAGAACACCUAAUCUUCGGGAACUGAGAUGUGAAGUCGAUGGUGUUGACAACUUUCAGUACUAUGUAUUGAAGUUUCCAACAUGGAUUGGAAUUCUGAAGAUUUUUGGCAGAUACACAUCUUUAGCUAAAACCAUCCCCUUUUCCAUCUCUGCUCCAAAUCUCAAAAGCUUGACAGUAUGCUAUUUUUUCAUGCAUCCUCAGCACUUAUCAGAAAUUGCUUCGUUUCAGAAUCUUCAAGUACUGAAACUGCAACGCAUUCACUUUGACAAUGAGAAAUGGGAAGUGAGGGAUGGCGAGUUCCCUCGACUCAAAGUCUUGAAACUACAAAUGAUAAAGUUCUUUAAAGAAUGGACUAUCGCUGACAUUGCCUUUCCCAACCUUGAACACUUGGCUUUGCAUGGUUGCGAAUUUCUUAAGGAGAUCCCUUCUUGUUUCGGAGACCUCUGUUCUCUAAAGUCCAUUAAGGUAGAAUAUUGCAAUAAAUUUGUCGACAAGUCAGCAAGGGAUAUCUGGGAAACACAAGUUGAAGAUUAUCAGAAUUCUAGCUUCGAGGUCUUUAUCCAGGAGUACUGGUGGAAUAGUAACAAUUCAUAUUCAGAUGAUGAUAAUAAUAAUGAUGAUAGUGGCGGUGGUGAUGAUGAUAAUAAUGAUACUAACGAGGAGAAGGAGGAGGAUGAGUAUUUAGCCAAGGCAAUUAGGAAGAUCAUGAACUUUUAUAGUUAGUAUGUUU